CGAUCCCAAAGUAACACAUACACACUUCAAUACGGCAUUGCGACACCAAGAAUACUCGGAGAACAUUAUCACAGCCACCACAGAUACCUCGCGCGGCUUAUACGAAGUCGCAGAAAGAUACUCCCAUGGCUUCUUACGAGCAGAUGCCGAGCAUGCCAGCCAACAACGAUACGAAUACGCCCGAACGAAGUCCCGCAAGACGACCUGCGGGUAUCACUCAAGCUCAGAAGCAGGCAUUGAUUGACAACCUACAACUCGAGUUGACUGAAAGGGCUCGCAAGCUCCGCGCGCAAACCGCAUUGCAAGCUCAGGGUUUGAGAGCACGACUGGAAAUGCGAGUGAAUAGGAUUCCACAAGGUCUGCGAAAGAGGAACAUACAAGAGCUCGUGGACGAACACAAUACAACAGCCAAGCCUGCACCGCCAGCAGCCAUGCCUAUUGUCGCAAGAGCACAAGCCGCGCAAGCGCCUCAGUCUACACUCGCGAAGACCAAGCAGGCUUCCAAGCGCAAGAGUGAGGACAUCUCGAUGGACGAGGACAAGGAGAACGAACCGUCAGAAAAUCCGAGAGAGCUCGCGAAUCCGAAGAAGCGUACCAAGACUACAGCCGCGACUGCGAAUUCGAAAGCCACGCGAACGAUAUCGCGAAAGCCAGGACCGUCAGGCGUGCUGUCUCCGAAGUCUCAUAACUCUCGCACUUUACCACACCCGCCGGCUCCGUUUAAGCCCUCGGCGUUGUCGCCAGAGAAGACGCAACCGACACGGCCAACAUCAGCUGCCCAGCAUGCCGUUCCGAAGGCGACACGUGCUCCAAGCCGACAGACGAAACGAGCUGUCGCACCCCAGUCGCCAGACAACGGACGAGUGAGUGAAGGAAGUGCGGCGAGUGCUGCAACGACGAUAAUGAGCAACGCGAAGACUGGCACUACCAAGAAAGCUGCGGUACCGAGGAAGGCGGCGACAGCAAAGGCUGCAACCGCGGGGCGGAAACCAGCCGUCCCUAAGCAAGAGCCGGUGGCAUCGACGGGUCGGACGUUGAGAAAGAGGAAUUGA